CUCUCUCUCACUGCAACGAAGACGAACCGACCUCACCUCACCUCACCUCACGCUCUCGUAUCUCAGUUUUCUCUCUCUAGAAAGCUCUCGCUCUCAGACCGCAGCUUCUCUCUCUAGCUCCGCACGGUUCGGCCUCUCCGAACGACGCUUCGAUUCGAUCGCGUCAGGUUGAAGUCGCUUCUCGCAUGAUUUGGAGGAAUAAGCAUCGGGUAUGAUGCUGAUGACACGCAUGGAAAAAUGUUUCACAGAUGAAUUGUGAAGCUGUAGGCAUUGCAUAUUUGAACAGUGCCGUCUGGCUACAGUUUCAGAUUUUGAGUUUGGUGCUUGUUAGAAUGGGUUCAGCUUGCUGUGUUGCUGCCAGAGACAAAACUAUCCCGGUUGGGUCAAGUAAUGAAUUCUUUCACCGAAAUAUACGAUACUCGCCGACAUGGAGCUUUCGGUGGGAAAACCGAGGGCGUGUGGCAGGUGAAGAGGCUUCUGUAGGUUGGUUUCCUGAUGGAAUCAGCCAAAAUAAUCGCUUAGAUGUCAAGUAUGAAAGUGCUUAUGCAUCAGAGGAUGGAAGUUCUUUGGAUAGCUCGCAUAGACCGCCAUGGCCUAAGUCUCCAUUUUCUGAAGGGACCGCUGGACUUGUGAGAACUGCUGGUUCAGUGUCUAUCGCAGAUCAAUCUAUUUCACGCAACGUCUCGCUGGAUGUGAAUUUGGAGCAGGUAAAUGUGGACUCCAGAGAAUCUCCAGCUUAUUUGUGUCCAUCUCCUACAAAACUUUCGCUGCCUUCCUUACCCUCAGCUUCGUCCCCAUUGCCAUCAUCUUCCCAAAUUCAUCUGCAGCCUGCUAGUUUAACUCCAUUAAGGCAAUCUAGUCCUUCAGCAAAACAACUUUCACAGCAGAGAUCUGAGAAUAAACUUCAAGGGAGUAAGUCACCCAGCAGUCAGUUGGAUGCCGAAGAAAGGCCAGGGAUCCCUUCAUGGAGCAAUGAUUCAACUAGGGGUUCCUAUGGUGGGUCUUCAGAUGGGUGGUCUGUCAAUGCCUUUUCAGAACUUGUGGCUACUUCUCGCCAGGGGAGCUGGUCUUUUGACAGUGAACCUUUGGGCUUGAAGCAUGAGAAGAUAACUAAACGAAGUACUUGUGCUGAUCAACAAACCUGUGGAGUUUGCACAAAGUUGUUGACUGAAAAAUCGUCAUGGAGCACCCAGAAGAUAAUUGCUAACAAUGAGCUUUCUGUUGUCGCUGUUUUAAUCUGUGGUCACAUUUAUCAUGCUGAAUGUUUGGAGAUUAUGACACCAGACAUCAACAAGUAUGAUCCCGCUUGCCCGAUCUGUACUUUUGGGGUAAAACAGACCCUUAAGAUGUCUGAAAAAGCAUUAAAAGUGGAAAUUGAUUCAAAAAUCAAAAAGGGAAAAAGAUCAAGAAAUCAAGUGGUGGAUAGUGAUCUUGGUGGUGAUUAUGUGUAUGAUCGCAUAAAAGGUAGUGGAAGUGAUGUGAAGAGUUCUAGGGUGGGUUCCAGUUCAGUCACAAGAAGCUCCUCGGGGAAGCCUUUCUUGAGUCGCCACUUCUCUUUUGGAUCAAAGGGGAGUAGGUCCCUGAAAGAGAAUCAUUCUUCCCGAAAAAAGGGAUUCUUCUGGACAAAAUCUAGCAAGGAAUGAUCUUGUUUAGCUCCAACGAGAGUUUUCAUGGCAAUCGCUUCGACAAUCUCAGUCAGAUAAAGGAUUGCGGAGGAUUUCAUGUAUGUUCGAUUGAAGACGAGUUGUCUGCAUACACAGAAAUUAUCGCAUUAUUUUGCUGUGAUUCUACACUGUACAGGAAUCAAAAGCGAAAGGAAAAUGUAGAAGGGUAAAAAAUAGUACAGCCAAAGAGGGAAAUUUGGUAGGUUGAAGGUGCAUAUGUGCUGUAUAACCUCUGGUCGAUUUCUGUAUUGAUUUAUGAUAUGAAAUGAUAUAGAGUCAGUUCAAAUUCUGUAAGAUUGUUGAGAGUCCAAGAUCUGCCACCGUGCAUCUAUGUGGUGGCUUGGUGAUGGAUAGUGUUGUAUCUGGAUUUGCAACCUUCUAUCAUUGUCAAUAUAUCAAUUGCUUGGCUUUGGGAAA